AUGGCAUCCUAUACUAUAGGUAUUUUAGUGGCAUUUGUUGCCGUCUCAGACGCGUGCCUGUCCUCCGGAGUGUGUGGCUCAUCAUAUUGUGCAGCUCCACCGGCUGUUUCGUGCUCUCCAUCUUCCUGCCAACCCGGAUAUUCAUGUGGACAGUACGGAUGUGCUAGAAAUCGAGCAAGAAGUGCCUUGACCCAGAAAGUGGACGGAAUCUUCAUAGAUUCCACGACAUCUAGAGAAGUUCCUGCUUCCAGAGAGAAUUCCAGAGAAGUACCAAAGCUGAAGGGUCAAAAGAACAACAUCUUCGGUCUUCGUCGUGAAUCGUCUCGUGGCUCAUCUGCUGAAACUCCGCCUGUACAACAACCAGCCCACAACUAUGAGAACUCCACGCUGCUACAAUAUACCAAUCCCAACUUUAUCUUCCGACAAUGUUGUGAACAGAGGGGACUUCCGGAUGCUUGCUUGAAUAAGUGCCAUUUCAAUUCGUAUACCAAAGAUGCGUGUUGCGUUAGAAACGGAGUCACCACCACACUAGCCGGUCAGAAGUGUCUAACAUUCUGUGAUCAGCGACCAGAUAGAGUCACAAAACUCGACUACUCUUACGUCCCUUGUUAUGAUAGAUUCGAGAACAUGAAACAGUGUUUCUAUAAUGAAAUAAAGCAGAAGGCGGAGCAACAAUUCGGAGCAGCCAGACGGAGAUAA